AUGUCUUACGAUUCUACUCAGAACCCUACUCAGAACCCCUCUCGGAACCCAGACCCGUCUGUGACCGACAGAGAUGUCCCAUCCGGUCCACAGCACCGUCUGCACGACCCCAAUCAGCCUUUACCACGCCGAGAGGGCCGCGAGGGCGAGAACUUCGAGCGGGCCCCGGAAAGCUGUGGGGGCCGGCCAACAACAGCGCGGGAACGUGUAUGGUGGAAUGGUGUCGGUGCAGAACGGGGUGAGGAUUAUCUCCAGGGUGCAGGUGCAGGCAGGAACGCGUACACUACGGACCGUCCGCUUGGAGCGGCGUUGCGAUUGGCGGCCAGCCUAACCUCGACACCAGCCAGGCUUGGUGUCACAGAUAAGAUUUUUGGGAAGACCGAAAAGGUUGUAGGCAAGAUGACCAACAACCCGGAGAUGCAUGAGAGGGGAGAGCUCCGCGAGGCCGGAGGGAGGGCUGCAGCAGAGGGACAUGCCCGGGCUCCUCAUGACUGA